GGAGCAGGAGUUUCAGUAUCAGCAGGAAUUCCUGAUUUCUGUUCUUCACAAGGGCUGUUUACCACUGGAGUACUGAGUAAGGAUUUGCUGGAUGCAAAUGUUUGGAAGACAACCACAAAGGCAUCUUCUUUAUGCAAAAUAUUAGCAAAAAUGCAUCAAGAAUGUUCUCAAGCAUCUCCAACUCCUUUUCAUCUGGCUCUCAAAAUGUUGGACAAAAAAGGUGGUCUGCUCCGGGUCUACAUACAAAACAUAGACCUUCUGGAAUCAAAGGCAGGCCUAUCAUUUGGAAUGCCUGAGAUGCACAGUCCUCAAGAUAUGCCCAGAUGCAUUCCCUUGCAUGGUACAUUAGAGACACUGGCAUGUAUCAAGUGCUGCUACCAGUCACCAUUGCACUUACAUGUUUCAACUCUGGUCACUGGCUGCUUACCACUAUGUCCAGCCUGUGAGCAGAUUGAACAUGAGAGAAGAAUCAUCCACAAGCGUCCCCGUGCAUCAGGAAUAUUAAUUCCAACAAUAGUCCUCUAUGAUCAGCCACAUCCAGCUGCAGAUCAUCUGGCACAAGCCAUCAUGAGGGAUGCAAAUGGUGACUCUAGAAAAGUAAAACCAGAUGUUUUACUGGUUGCUGGCACCAGCCUCAAGAUUCCAGGUAUCAUUGCUGCAGUACACAAGUUUGCUCAAGUAGUCUCUCAGGAGUCCAGAGGUGGAUACAGAUCCAUCUAUCUAGAUCAGAAACCACUCUCAUCAAAAUGGAAUGAUAUUUUUGAUACUUGGAUGUCAGGUGAUCUGCAGAUUUUUGCUCAACAUUUAAUAAGAUCCUUCAGCCAUCAGUUUGACCAAUCCAUAGAUGAUGCUAUUUGCUCUAAAGACUCCACAACUAUAUCUAUCUUGGUGCAAGAUCUUCCAUCUGAAGCCAUAUUCUUCUUGAAAGGCAAGAAUUAUAUUUUUCUAGAUGUAGAUCAUCCAUUUUACAUACCUGAGAUCUAG